GCUCAGCGUGCGCGCCUCGCCACCCGCGGAGCGGAGCGGAGCCUGCCUGGGGGCGCCCCUCGGACAGUAUGUCUCAGUGGAGUCAAGUCCAGCAGUUGGAAAUAAAGUUUUUGGAGCAGGUAGACCAGUUCUAUGACGAUAACUUCCCCAUGGAAGUCCGACAUCUACUAGCACAGUGGAUAGAAAGCCAAGAUUGGGAGGCCGCUUCCAAUAAUGAACCAAUGGCAACAAUCCUCUUACAGAAUUUGUUAAUACAAUUGGAUGAACAGUUAGACCGGGUUUCUCAAGAAAAGAACCUCCUGUUGAUACACAACCUGAAAAGAAUCAGGAAACUUCUUCAGGGAAAAUACCAUGGUAAUCCUAUGCACAUAACAGUUAUUAUUUCAAACUGCUUAAGAGAAGAGAGAAGGAUAUUGGCUGCAGCCAGCAUGCCUGUACAGGGACCACUGGAAAAACAAUUGCAGAAUUCCGUAGUUUCAGAAAGACAAAGAAAUGUGGAGCACAAAGUGUCAGCCAUUAAGAACAGUGCCCAGAUGACAGAACAAGAUAUUAAAUACUUAGAAGAUUUGCAAGAGGAGUUUGACUUCAGGUAUAAAACAAUACAGAGCAUAGAACAGGGUGACAAAAACAGCGUCCUGAUGAAACAGGAAAUGGUGAUGUUGCAGGAAAUGCUCAAUACCUUAGACUACAAAAGAAAGGAAGUCCUUAGUAAAAUGGCACAAGUAAUAAAUGAAAGUGAUGUCUUGAUGAACAACAUGCUUCUUGAAGAGCUUCUAGACUGGAAGAGGCGCCAGCAAAUUGCCUGCAUUGGAGGUCCUCUAAAUAGUGGGCUUGAUCAGCUCCAGAACUGGCUGCUAAUUAAAUUGCCAGAGCUGAACUACCAGAUCAGAGUGAAAGCAACUAUUGACAAGAAUGUGGCAACUGUAAGUAAUCGCAGAUUUGUUCUAUGUGGCACUCAUGUCAAAGCUAUGAAUAUGGAUGAAUCUGCAAAUGGAAGUCUGUCUGUAGAAUUUAGACAUUUGCAACCCAAAGAAAUGAAAUCAAGUGCUGGAAGCAAAGGAAAUGAGGGCCCUCAGAUGGUAACUGAAGAGCUGCACUCCAUCAGCUUUGAAACACAGGUCUCCCUGUAUGGUCUAACUAUAGAUUUGGAGACAAGCUCUUUGCCUGUAGUGAUGAUUUCCAAUGUCAGUCAGUUACCUAAUGCUUGGGCUUCUAUUAUUUGGUACAACUUGUUGUCAAAGGAUUCUCAGAACCUGGGUUUCUUUAACAAUCCUCCUACUGCCAAUCUGAGUCAACUCUUAGAAGUACUGAGCUGGCAAUUUUCAUCUUAUGUUGGUCGUGGACUCAAUUCUGAGCAGCUCAAUAUGCUGGCAGAGAAACUUAUAGGGCAACAAAUUAGUUACACUGAUUAUCAACUGUCCUGGGCAAAGUUCUGCAAGGAACAUUUACCUGGAAAGUCAUUUACCUUUUGGGUAUGGCUCGAAGCAAUACUGGACCUAAUUAAAAAACACAUUCUUCCUCUUUGGAUUGACGGGUAUAUAAUGGGAUUUGUAAGCAAGGAGAAAGAACGAGUUUUGCUCAGGGACAAAAUGCCUGGAACAUUUUUAUUAAGGUUUAGUGAAAGCAAUCUGGGAGGAAUUACCUUUACCUGGGUGGACCCGUCAGAAAAUGGAGAAGUAAGGUUCCACUCAGUGGAACCCUAUAAUAAAGGUCGUUUAACUGCGCUGCCAUUUGCUGACAUUUUGCGAGAUUACAAAGUGAUUUUGGCAGACAAUGUUCCUGAAAAUCCACUGAAAUAUCUGUAUCCAGAUAUUCCCAAAGAUAAAGCCUUUGGCAAAUACUACAGCUGUCAGCCAAAUGAAGUCUCAAGACCUACAGAAGGAGGGGUCAAAGGUUAUGUCCCUGCUGUAUUUAUCCCAAUCUCCAAAAUCCUAUAUGAUUCCACAGAUCCACAUUCUCCAUCAGAUCUUCUUCCCAUGUCUCCAAGUGUUUAUGCUGUGCUGAGAGAACACCUGAGUCCCACAGUAAUUGAAACUGCUGUAUGUUGCAAUUUUUUUCAUUCAUAAUUUACCACUAAGCAAAUGGGGUCUGCUUUGUGGAGAGAAAGGCUUCUUUUGCAGUGCAAAAGGGUGAGAGUAAAGUUGUAACCAUUAAAAGGUCAGCACUUGCCUGCAGUUCCCAUUCAGUUCUUUCCUAUUCUAAAUGCAGUAGAAUUCUUCAGUAUGGUACAAAAUGUUGUCUUUUUCAUGGUAACCAUUGUACUAUGAACUUUGUAUCUUAGAACAUUGCAGUGCAGGGAUCUCAAAAUUCCAUGCAAGGAUCUCCAAUUUCUGUACACACAUUAAUUUAAGCUUCAACACCCAUAACUGUAUGUAAGUAUUGUACCAAUUUUAUAGAUAACAGAGGGCUUGAUUCACCAAUUACCAUGCAUUUUAUGUAGUUGCCAUUUCUGAUUUGGUAGCAUUUUACAGAUACUUUGUACUUAUGAAAAUGACUGCUUCAUCUGCAUGGUGUAGAUGACUCUGUCUCAGGGAUGUUAAAGGUGAACUGGAAUGUCUUAACUAAACAAAUAUAAAACAUUCAUUAAAAGUCCAUUUAGAGACUUAAGUUACAUUACAAAUUACGUUACAAAUGUACAAAUUACAUUACAGAUUUUAAAAUAAUUUUCUAUUUUCCUUGCCUGCAAAGAACUGCAUUCAGAGCUUGGUGCAGAACGUGAGGCAGCUCAGCCUCAAGUUGCACCCAAAGCAGGAGAGGUUCUUACAUUUCUUAUCCUGGUUUAAAUAUUUGGGGACCAAACCUGGCUGGUGUGAUUUGAAGCUCUCCCAUCACCAUCGGCUUAGUAGCAUCUUCACUAAAGCACUACAGCAGCGCAGCUGCGGCGCUGUACGUGAAGACAACCACGCAGGGUGUGGCAGGAGGGAACUUUUAGUGUACAGUAGCAGAGUCCAUGUGGUGAGUUAGUGCACAGCAAGUGCUGUAUAUCCACUUCUCAGCUUGCCACAUACUAAGUCUCCAUGUAAACAAGCCCCUAAUUUCCCCAGAGUGAGAGUGAGUGCGUGGGGCAGCUCCCUCUGUAUAGUUCUAGAGUCUGAACCUAAACUCCUAGUGUCUCUUUAAGUGGCUAGGGUAGGGAACCAUUACAUAAGUCAGGGCUUCGUUUGCACUGUAAGUGUGUGUUUGUCACUGAAAGUAAUUUGAGCAAAUUGUGGCUUGUUUGUUUCAUUUUUAUAUGCAGCAAGAAUUUCCUUAAAGCUGAUGUUUUCAUUCCUCUCUUUUAGCUGAGUUCUCCAUAUUCAGCUGACUGAAAUUCAGACACUAUGAAGAACCACAAAGCAGCCAAAAUACUUUAUAAAAUGAAAGUUUAAAAAAAGAAGUUGUUUCUGCAGCUUUGUAAAUAAGGGUUUCCUGGAAGCCAAUGCGAUGUUCUUCUUGGGCCUACAUGUACUUUCAAAUGCAUGUAAAUCAGAAGCCUCCUCAGGGAAGUCACUGGAGUUACAAACAUCUGGCAUCAUUUGGGUCCUGCCACUGAAGUUCUCACUCAAGGGAAUAUUACCUUUUAACUCAAUGGGCCAAAUCCUUCCCUGAACUCCAUUGACUUCAGUGGCAUUACACUAGGCAUGAAUUUAGCCCAGUGGCUCUGCUUAUGGAAAUAAGGACUGCAGUUUUGCUGUAAAAUAAGACUUACAGUAGGAUGGAGAUGUUCUGUUCAUGAAACAUUUUGAAAGCAAGACUUUAGAAUAACUAAAGAGAUUUAAGAUGUAUUCAGAAAAUCAGGAUUUAUGCUGUCCAUUUCAUGUUCUGUUUGUAUAAUGUCUAUUUCUUUGGCUUUUAUUUUAAAUUAAAGGUUCACAUCCAUCCCUUCAUGACACUGACCGUAGGUGCUAGGAGUCAGCUUUUCCUGCCAUGAACGGCUUUCAGUACAAAGGGACAGAUUUUAUCUUCCUGCAGUAAAGGGGGAGGGAAGAAGGAGGAAAAGAGAAUAAUGGGAAUAGAAGAGUUCUCUAGAAACUCUGGAGCAGGGGUGGGUAGUAAAUUAGUUUUUGCUAAGGUCUACAUUUCUCGGUCAAGGUCCAGACUCCAGAGAAAAUAAUAAAAACAAUAAUAAGUAAAUAAAAAAAUGUCAGGGUCCGUUUAAAAGUAUCUGGCGGUCUGGAUUUCUCCCGCAGGCCACCUAUUGUUUACCCCUGCCCUAGAGGCUCUACACUUCAAAGGUCACUAAAUUUCUGUACCUCCAUUCUGCAUCUCUAAAGCAGGGUUAAUAAAAUCUCUCUGUCAGCACAGGUGUGAGGGUAAGUGUGUUCAGGGUUGCAAGGCACUACGAUGAAUAUUUCAGAAAAGCCCAUAAAGAAAGAAAACAGUCCUUAUUCAAUGCAGGUUUUGGAUGAUGUGCCAUUAUCGAGGCCUUAGGGACACACAGAAUGAUUAAAAAGGAUACCAAAGAGCUGCUUCAUUUGCUGAGUACUGUCCAACAUGCGCCUGGUCAUAGUGCAAAGUUACAAAGAGCUAAAUUACCUCAGAUAUAGAUGUAAAUAAGCAGAAUAACCAGUUCUUAACAUAAAAGAUUAUUUGCCUUUUUAAAGCAGCCAAGUUACUCUUAGUCAUGACAUCUGUCUUUUCUCAGAAUUACCCAUGAAAAUUAACUGUUUUAAAAUAACUCAGACACUGACAAUUUACAAAAGAAAGAUAGAUAUCCAAGUUCUGCCUGCGAAGUAUGCAGUCUUGAGCAUACUUAAUUGUGCAUGCAAAAUGUGCAUUUGUACAAGCAAAUGGUUAGGUACAACAUGGGCCUGGUCUAUGCUAGAAAUUAGAUCAGUUUAACUAUGUUGGUCAGGAGUAUGAAUAAUCCACAACCCAAGUGGCGUUGUUAAACCAAUCUAAGUCCUCAUGUAGACAGCACUGUGUCAGUGGAAGAAUUCUUCUGUUAACCUAACUACUGGCUCUUGAGAAGGUGGAUUACCUAUGCACAUAGGAGAACCCCUUUCUUCAGUGUAGGUAGCGUCUACAGUGAAGUGCUACAACUGCGCAGCUGUGCCACUAGAGCAUUUUAAGUGUAGGCAAGCCCUUUGGCACCUGAGAUGAAAUCCUGGUCCCACUGAAGACAAUGAGAGGUUUGUUAUUGACUUCAGUGGGUCCAGGAUUUCAUGCCUACUCCCCACUCCAGCCCCCCCACCGCCGUCAAAAAAGAGUGACCCUCAACAUUUACCAUACAGUUUUGUUUGUUAGGCCUUGGCUACACUCCCACUUUACAGCGCUGCAACUGGGGUAUGAAAAAACACCCCCCUGA